CCUGAAGUCUAAAUUUGCUCCCCACCCCAAGUUACAGCACAGCACUUCACAGCAGACAGCACUCUCAACUGUGGUUUGCAGUCAACAUUGUGGGCUCGACAGUAACUUGAGAUUUACUGCACAAAAAGUUCAUCCUUCCGUUGCUGUCUGAAGCACAGGAGAUGCUGGCAAAGGUGGAAUAUGGAGGAGUGCAAAAAUAUAUCAAAGUUCCACAAAACGAAGAAUGCUUUGACUUCUUCCAGUUUCUUCAAGAUGUAACCGACAAAUUUAGUCUGCGGGCUCAACUUCUCUCUGAAGGUGUGCUUGUGUUAACGGAUACAUCGGGCACUGAAGUUGAUGUUGACAUAUUUGAUGAGCUGUUAAAAUCUGGAGUCCAAAACUUCAAAGUUGGAUACAAACAGCAGCCAAUUAUGGAUCUUACAAUUAAUUUGGUGGAAGAAGAAUCACCAAAUACAUCAGGGUCAUCAUUAUCAGGCCCCCCACCUUCACCAGCUUCAAUAUCAAACUCUUCAGCAUCUUCCACUUCAUCAGACUCAACUAUACCCCUUCCAUCAGCAAAAAACAAAAGAGAGGAUCAGAAAGAGAUGGAUCGUGAUGAGGCGAAGCAGAGGGUUUAUUCUAUUUUAAGGUCCAACCCAAAGGGUGAGGAAAUCCUUAAGGAGUAUGACAAAACUAAAACAUUGUCAGAUGCAACACGAAGACAGAUGGUCAAUAUUCUGGUUGCUGAAAUGACAGAUUCAUAUGGGAGGAUUCCACCCAUAAGUACCCGAACCAGCUAUGCACUGGGAAUUGUGACCCUUUUCCCCUAUCUCCAAGAUCCAUACUCAAAAAAUGGAUUUGAACAUUAUUAUGAUCCAGAGGCCAAUACUGGCUAUCUUGCUUGGAGACUCAAGACAGUCCAACGUAACACCCCUCAUGGCACCCGUUUGCAUUCAAGGCCUGAUUACCUGGAAGGUCCAAAAACCCAAAGAGAUUCUCUUUUAAUUGGUGGACAGCUCUGUGGUGAGGAGUACAGAGAGGCUCUC